AGAAUCCACAAAAAAAAUCCUUUUGAGCAAUACAGGCGGGAAAAUUCAGAAAUUGUAAUAUACAUAGAAUUUUAAAACUCUACAAUUACAAUGGAUAAAGAGAAGAAAAUACAGCUCAGGAGAGUGUUUGGAUAUUACUGGGGCACAAAUUUUUUGAUCACUAAUCUAAUUGGUGCAGGGAUUUUUGUGGCCCCCAAAGGGGUGUUGCAGUACUGUAGCAUGAACGUGGGGCUCUCUCUGUGUGUCUGGGCCGGCUGUGCCGUAUUGUCCAUGAUGACAGCGCUCUGCUACGCGGAGAUAGGUAUAAACUUCCCAUGCAGCGGCUCUAAUUACUAUUUUAUCAAGAGAUGCUUCGGCUCCUUGAUCGCUUUCCUGUAUCUCUGGAUAUUUGUGUUUGUGGUGAUAGGGCUAAUCGCUAGCCAAGCCCUGCUCCUGGCUGAGUACGGCAUCCAGCCUUUUUAUCCCAGCUGCUCUGCCCCAAAGCUGUCAAAGAAAUGCCUGGCUCUAGCCAUGCUGUGGAUUGUGGGAAUUCUGACUUCUCGUGGUGUGAAAGGGGUGACUUGGCUUCAGAGAGCUAGCGUAGUGCUGAAAAUGUCCAUUCUUGGCCUCAUUUCCCUCAGUGGAGUGGUGUUGCUGGUGAGAGGGAGAAAGCAGAAUGUAGCACGGUUUCAGAAUGCUUUUGAUGGUGAAUUUCCUGAUGCCUCCCGGCUUAUAGAAGCUGUCUUCCAAGGAUAUUUUGCGUAUUCAGGCGGGGGAUGCUUCACAUUGAUAGCAGGGGAGCUGAAGACACCCAGAAAAACAAUUCCCAGAAUCAUAUUUACCGCAUUACCUCUGGUGACUAUACUUUAUUUACUACUCAACAUUUCCCUCCUGACUGUUCUGACGCCCAAGGAAAUUAUCUCUUCAGAUGCUGUGGCCAUCGCAUGGACUGAUCGAGUUUUCCCCUCAUUAGCAUGGGUUAUUCCUUUUGCUAUUUCUGCCUCACUAUUUAGCAACCUUCUGAUUAAUGUGUUUGAAUCAGCAAGAGUGAUAUAUAUUGCCAGCCAACACGGCCACCUGCCUCUGCUGUUUCAUACACUCAAUAGCUACUCCUCUCCGUUCGUAUCUGUGCUACUACUUGUCAGUAUGGGAUCCCUUGCCAUUGUCUUAACAAACCUCAUUGACUUGAUAAACUAUCUUUAUUUUAUGGUUUCUUUUUGUUCUGUAUUAUCAAUGGUAGGAAUACUAAAACGGAGAUUCCAGGAACCUGAUAUACCUUCACCUUAUAAGGUCUUUUUGCCAUUUCCAUUGAUAACAAUGGCCAUCAGCCUGUGCCUGGUGUUGAUCCCACUGUUGAAGUCUCCAAGUUUGCGUUAUGUCUAUGUACUUCUCUUUGUUUCCAGUGGACUAUUGUUUUACAUACCUUUGAUACAUUUUAAAUUGAGGUUGGUUUGGUUUGAGAAGAUGACUUGCUAUUUACAAUUACUAUUUAAUAUUUGCAUCCCUGACGUGUGUGAUGAACAGAUGUCAGAAGUACAAACUGUUAAGAAAAAAUAGCCUUCAAAAAACAUACCAAAUUCCAGAUAAAGAUUAAACACAUGAUAAAACAUUCACGGUGAAAUUCCUAUGGUAACUCUCUUUUUCAAAUGAAAUAAUGUAUAUAAAAGUGCCUAGGACACUCUCUGGCUCCAAAAUCACAAAAAAAUUGUUAAGUAUAACUAAAGCUCUGUUUUGUUUGGUGAAAAACUUAAGUCUCAUUUUGCAUCACUUGAUAUAUUGAUGAUAUCUCUCCCAUUCUUCAAUUUUUUCUGUAUCUCACCCCUCUUCUACUGAAUUUGUAGGGAUCUUGUGUAAAAGUUAAUGAUUAAAAAUAAAAAAAGCAUCCAUUGCAUCUUUCCUGAAUCCUUUUUUUUCAGUACUGAUUUGAAGAUAAGGAGAAUAAUUCCAUUUGUCUGGUUAGUUUUUCCCCUGAAGUACAAAGAAUUUUUUCAAGUGAAUAGCUUUUUUAGAAGCAUGAGUUUUAAUGUUAUUUUCCUUUCCACUCAAAGGAAAAUUCUGAGGUGCCUUAGAAGAAC